UCUUUCCUUGUAGUGGAUCAAUAACUGCAUAGGAAGAAAAAAUUACAAAAGGUUCUUCAUCCUCAUGGUGUUUGCUCUUCUCUUGCUUAUUCUGCAGUGGGCUGUUGGGAUGCUUGUGCUGAUACUGUGUUUUGUUGAGAGAAGGAGAUUUUCUGCUGAAAUUGUUUCAAAGCUGGGUAGUAGCUUUUCCUUGGCACCCUUUAUCAUUGUGGUGGCUGUGUGCACUUUAUUAGCCAUGGUUGCUACUCUUCCAGUUGCACAACUUUUCUUCUUCCAUAUUCUUUUAAUAAAAAAGGGAAUCAGCACCUAUGAUUACAUUAUUGCUUUGAGGAAGCAAGAUCAGGAGCAGGAGCAACUUGCUGUUGGUGGGCAGCAAAGUCCGCAAAUGUCCCAAGUGAGCUCUUUUACUGGACUAAGCAGCACCAGUUCUUUCAAUCAAUUCCAUCGCGGUGCAUGGUGUACUCCGCCAAGAUUAUUCCUUGAGGAUCAGCUCUCGCUGGAAAGCUAA